CCACACUGGAGGAGGGGAAUAUGGGACAUAAUGUCGGGGAGCAGCUCGAAUCCCCCCAACUGUGCAGCACAAGCCGUGUCCCUCCACUGGAGCUCAGUUCUCCGCAAGCGAAACACAACAACUGCCCCGCUCAUUGGCUGAGGAGCCUGUCUGUAUGACGGCGGCUGGUCAGUUCCGGUUGAAAGCGGAAGUGAGAGGAGAGGCGAGAGAGAGCGGAGGAAUCUUCAGGAAGAAGCUCGUGCUGAGGUGUGAGGCGCUGCGGAAGCGCAAGAUGGAUUUUGUGACGUUAUUACAGUUUUGCUAAUGAAGGUGCAAGUGAAUCAGCCACUUUCAUGUGGAUUCUGAUCUCGGGCCAAUUGAUGAGGAGUUUUGGCCACAGGUUCCAGGUGUGAAUGUCCCAUCGGCCCAGUUCUGCUCCAGCCCAGUGAUAAAUGAGAAAAGCCAACAACAUGUCCGAGCAGCUGUAUCAGGGGUCGGUGACGUUUCAUGAUGUGGCUGCAAGCUUCUCAGCCGAGGAAUGGAGUCUACUGGAGGAGUGGCAGAAGGAGCUGUACCGGAACGUCAUGCGGGCCAUUCAUGCUGCUCUGCAGACUAUGGGCUUUGAGAUCAUCAACCCCGAUGUUCUGUUCCGAAUAAAGAAGGUGAAGGAGGUGUACAGCAGUCUCAUGGACAGGAGCGACUCAACUGCAGCCUUCCAUGAGGGAGAUUCAGACCAUUUAAUGGGGGUCAAACAAGAACGAGGCUCCCUCCCAGACACCUGCAGGCGCAAAGUAUCCAAGCUGUGCUCUGAUCCUGUCCUGACACCUGAUAUUCUACUGAGAAUUAAACAGGAGGAGACAUCAGCUUUCUGCCAGUUAACUGAGAGAAGCCCCAUCCAGAGCCCCGUAGAUCGUAUGGAUGACAACUUGAUGUUCUCCUCCCCAACAAGCAAACUUGAUGAGUGUCCCACUAUCCAGCCGGAGAUUAGGUCCCACAAGCGGCUGGGGGCACCAAUUAAACAGGAGGAGGUGGAUUAUGUCAAAGUGUCUGUUGGAGGUCCAGGACCAGAAGACUUCACAGUCACCUCUAUGGACAGUAACAUGGACAUGGGCACCAGAGAUACCGAGGAGAUGUGGCUAAACCAGCAGUAUGAGGACACAGAGGCAAUUGAGCAAUCAAACGGUUCUGAGCAAGAGAAUGGCUGCGCAAGCACAGACCUGAAGGAACUGCCUGGAACUGACUAUAUCCUCAAUGGCUCCCUGUAUAAAUGGAGUGGGUGGCAUAACCACAUGGGCACCCUGUCACCCUUACCCCAGCACAGGAGAGAGCGGCCGUACCAAUGUAGCGAAUGUGACAAAACCUUCUCUGAACUGUCGCGCUUCCUCAGGCACCAAAUUAGCCACACGGGGGGGAGGCCCUAUCACUGCCGCCAUUGUGUGAAGACCUUCAGACAGCCCUACGAGCUGAUGGUGCACCAGCGAGUGCACACGGGGGAGAAACCCUAUCAGUGCACCGUGUGUGGGAAAAAGUUCAUUAAGAAUUCCAUCCUGAAGGUUCAUCAGAGGAUUCACACGGGGGAGAGGCCCUACAAGUGCACCCAGUGUGCCAAGAGCUUUGUGCAGUCGCACCACCUAAAGACUCACCAGAAAACACACAGAGGGGGCAGCAGGGGGCAGAACUACUGAACCGACCUGCAGCUUGUGGGGGGGGCUGAAGGACCAAUAACUGCUCGACUCUUGGACUUCUGCUUCUCUCAGAGCCAUUCAAGCACUUACGAUUGUCCUGCAGCCAAUGCCAAAGACUAGAAACACUACAGGGGCCUCUCCAGGUGGCAACUCUAUGAUCUCCUGCAGCUCCAAGGGACUGCUCACCCAUUAUCUGUGUCCUGAAAAGAUUGGAAUCCUUUCUUAUCUCUGAACAUUUCACAGACAGCUGAGGUGUUUAUGUGCCUGUUGGCUGAAUUUCUCACCUCAUGUGAAGAACCUUGUUCCACCCAAUCACUGGGUCCUCUACCCAUUGUGUACUGAUACGGACGUGUGCCAUCGUUCUGUGUGCAAAACCUCUGCAAUGCUUUGGGUAAUUCCAUAGUCUUCAGGAAAUAUAUUGAUAAUUCCUGUGUGUGACCCGUUUCUGUAAGAAAGAGCUUGGGUUCUGUACAACAUGGAUUGUGUGGGCCUUCCUUAGAAGAUUCAUUUCCUACUCAUUAAACACUCACUGACC